AUGCCUCCACCGAUCGCGAGAACGCCGACAAGUAGCGCGACGUCGUCGCCUCACAUCACGUUCUCGACGAGCACACCAACUGGAACGAACCCGUAUACGCCCAGCUCUGCCCAAGCACCCAUGCUUCACCCAGCACAAAAGCGCCCAAGACCAGAAGAUGAAUCGCAAGAAGCGCAAGCAAAACGCGCCCGCAACGACUCCAUCACCACAUCGCAAGAGCAGCGCUACAACGACAACAAGCCCGCCAUCGAAGCCUGGUGCAAAGCGCAGCAAACCCACCCCAAAGCACGUUGGUACGAGAAGCUUCACGCCUGGGAAACGAAUGGCUGUCGCGACGUAAGACGCAAGUCGCCCGCAACAACAUCGCCGCCUCCUCCCUUGCCCAUCACACAAACCCCCGGAAUGGAUUCGCCAGCCGAGAUCCUCGCCACCCGCCAACAAUGGGGCUCCACAAAACCAGACCGACGCGUACAUCCCCUCGACAAAGCCCCCGUCCCCGAAUAUCCCACCGAAGACUCGCUCGCCAGUUGUAGUAAACGGCCAGAUGGCUUGUACAAGUGCCUACACCCCGAGGGGAGCCACCACAAGUGUUGCCGCGAGGGUCUCACCGAGAAGAACAAGAAACAUGCUAUUGGCAAGCAGAUCCGGGCGUGGAAGAACAAGGUUGAGGAGAUGGUGCUUAAGGGUGAACUGCAUGUUGCGCAUAAGACGUGGGGGGAUUGGAAUAAGAAGAGUAAGGGGGGGUAUGGGGAGGAGGUGGAGAAGUGGGAUGGGGUGUUGGGGCUGUUGGGGGGUGGGCUGGGGAGGAAGGGGGGAGGGGGGAUGGCUGUGUCGCCAGCUCCGAGGACGACUGGGACGCCAGUUCCUGUUCCUGCAGCGUCGCCAGUGCCUCGUCCUGCAGCGUCGCCAGCGCGUCGUCCUGCAGCGGCGCCUUCUCAUCAGACUCCGAUUCAGGCCGCACGUCAAGCAGUCCCGCAGGAACAUGGACAACAACCAUUCGUUCCAUCCGCACCACCGGCUCAGCAGAUGUCUUCGUCUAGACAGGCUACCCCCACACACGCAGCAUCGCGGCAGUUCCAGCAUCAGUCUCCACCGCAGCGGCCAUUUCAACAUCCAGCCAACACGGGCAGCAUAGCGAGGUCACCGGCCCAUCCUGUGUCUCAACCGCAAUCUCAAGCGCAACCUACCUUCACCAAUUCGCCGACGCGAGCUUUCGCCACCUCGGCCAUAUCCAGGAGUCCGACUUCAUCAGCAAAGCGUCAAGCCGGCGAACCUGCAUUUGGCUACAAUGGAUUGCCCCCAAAUGGAUCACAUCGACAGCAGGAACUUGCCAGCUUCUCUCCUCAGCGCAGGUCGCAGGAGCAUACUGCGAUCGCAUCUGCAACAGCCCCCUCAUUCGCUCACCAUUUGGCGCAAUAUGCAACACCGCCGCGUCAGACAGUGUCGCCAGUCGCGUCUGCAGGAUCGAACCAUCCUACCAAUGGCUAUACCACGCCUCAGUCCAUGGGUCGAGGGCGAGCGGACCGCCAACAACAACAGCAAGCUGAUGUCCAGCUGCCGCCAUCAGGCGCGCCCACAAACCAUGCGGCAAAAACACAUCCAGCGUCGACCCAGACGGCUACAAGCCCAAGCACAGCGCUAAAGCGCACUUCCGAUUCCACCCUCACACCAAAAAUGUCCUCCACCACUCACACACUCUCGCCGGACAAGUCUUCCACGCUUGCAGCUUCGUCGCCUGCGAAGGCAGAGCCUGCUGUCGACUACCGCCUGGUAGCAAUGCGCAUGCUACAGAAGCAGAUCAAAGACCAUGAGCCUAUUGUGCUUGGUGGACUGAAGAUCACCAGGGAUGAUGUGAACAGCAAUAUGAGUGGCUGUGUGGGAAGACUGGCGACGGCAUUGCGGUUGGAAGCUGAGGAAGCUGCAAAGAAAAAGGCCGAGGCAGCUGCACGGAUGGAGGUUGAAGAAGUCGCGCGCAAGAAAGCUGAGGAGACUGCGCGUGCCAAUUCGAAGAACGCUUCUCAAGGCCAAGUUGAAACUACUGACGAGAUUGCGGCUCUCGCGGUCUCAAACGACAACCAAGGCCAUGAACUCGACUAUCUCUUCUCCGACACCCCCAUCCCCGCCUCUCACAACCACCCGAUCGACUUCGGCAACCCAAACGACUACUUGUUCGACGAUACUUCCGACAGCAACGAAUGGAUUAUGCCCGACCUACCACCCAACUUCGGCAAAAUGGAUCUCGCCGCAAUGACACGACGAGCCUUCGCUGAGGAACCCUCACCCCCACAGCCAGAACAGCAGCCAGAGCCUGAGCCGGAAGAAGACACACUAGAACACCUGAGCUACCCCGAAGCGUGGUUCAUAGAAGAUGUCGAGGACUUUGUGACCAGUGGUCCGCUUCCUGAGUGGAUGCUACGGCCUACUACGGAUUUUACUUUGGAGAGAAUGCAGGUGGAGGGGUUUGAUGGGGAUUUGGGGAUGCCGGGGGAUCCGGAGGAGUGGUUGCAGGCGACUAGGGUCUGGCGGGAAGAGAAGAAGGCGGGUGCGCGUUGA